AGCCGUGACGUCACUGGCCCCGGAAGGGCGGCGGAGGGGGAAGGGCCGCCGGGCCCGUCCGGACCAAGCUCCGCGUCCCGUGUGUCCCGGCCCCGUGUCCCGCCGACAUGACGCUCGCCGUCUUCUUCGGGUGCACCUUCAUCGCCUUCGGGCCCGCCUUCGGCCUCUUCCUCUUCACUAUCGCCCGCGAUCCGCUCCGCAUCAUCAUCCUCAUCGCCGGGGCUUUCUUCUGGCUGGUGUCGCUGCUGCUCUCGUCCCUCAUCUGGUUUAUCGCAGUGAAAGCCAGCGACCCGCAGGAUGAGCGGCUGCAGAAGGGGCUCCUGAUAUUUGGGGUGAUGUUCUCUGUGCUGCUGCAGGAGGCCUUCCGCUUCCUUUACUACAAGCUCCUCAGGAAGGCUAUCGAGGGGCUGGUGGCCCUCAGUGAGGACGGCUGCUCCCCCAUUUCCAUCCAGCAAAUGGCAUAUGUGGCUGGCGUGGGCUUUGGUCUCAUGAGCGGCGCCUUCUCCAUGAUCAACCUACUGGCGGAUGCGUUAGGGCCUGGCACUGUGGGCAUCCAUGGGGAUUCGCAGCUGUACUUCCUGACCUCAGCUUUUAUGACCAUGGUGCUGAUUUUCCUUCACACCUUCUGGGGGAUCCUCUUCUUCCAUGGCUGUGAGCAUCGGCGCUGGUGGGAGAUCGCGGCGGUCGUUGUCAUGCACCUCACUGUUUCGGGGUCGUCAUUUUGCAACCCCCUGUAUGUGGGCAGCCUGGUGCCCUCCUACAUGCUGAUGGCUGCUGCCGCUGCCUGGGCUUACCUACUGUCGGGGGGAUCUGCGCAGAACCUGCGGCGCUUCCUGCUCUGUUUACGGAGCGGAGCCAGCCCCCAACCAGGAUCCUGAGGCCCUGCAGGAUGUUCCUGUCCCCAGCCACCCCUGCCCUCCCCUCCUAUCCUGGUGGCAGGAUCAGCCAUCACCUUCUCUGCAAUAUCUUUUCUCCUGGACUCGGGGACCCUGGCCAGCCCCAGCAGGGCAGGCGCUGGGGUCCGGCUGUGGCAGCCAACCUACCAACCAACCAGUGUGGCUGGGACUGGCUCACUCCAACGCCCCUUUGGGAGCCCCCGUAGAACAGCACAGUUUUGGGGGGCCUGACUCCACUGGCCCUGCCGUGAGCUCAGCCCUAGUUAGCUUGCCUGUGAAGGAUGCUGCCUUGGACUGCUGGAGUCUUGAGCCCAAAGAAACCCAUCGCUUCUCCCCCCGCCACCGCAGGCGUGGUGCCCCCCGUGCCCGGGCGGGGCACCCGCAUUGCCUCCUUGCUGCAGGGUGGAGGAAGGGGCUUUGCAAAGUGCUGCCGUGCUCUGGCUCACGGCUGACCCUUGUGGGGCUCCUUUCUCCACCUCUUUGCCCAGUCUUGCUACCACAGGAGCCACGGCCCAGGCGCUCACCUGUGGUAGCGCAGUGAGCUGGUAUCUUGGUACAGCAGGAUGGUGCUGGGGGACCCAGGGGUACUGAGAGCUCACAGGGUGGGAGGAGAACGGGGGAGAAGGCAGUAUCCAAAGGGCCCAGUGGACAUGGAGGGUGGUGGAGGGCUUGGGAGGAGAUGCAAUGCCACAGCUGUUGCCGGCACAGAUUUGGGAGAGGGUUCAAGGGACCAUUCCAAUGGAUCAUUGCCCUCUCCUGUUCUUGGGGAUUUUCAGGCGGGUACCAGCCCUGAUUCUGUGCCACAGGGCUGGGAGGGAGAAACUGCCAUCGGGCUGAGAAGGCAGUUUUAUCCGUAGUGGGCUUUUAUACCAAUAAAAUUAAGUACCACAGAGAA